UGAAAGUGAAGUGACAGUUGGCGAAGUGAAAAAUCGCGUCCUUUCUGCGGAAAAAGACUCAAUUUUGGUGAUAAAAAUGAGUGCGAAGGAUAUUCACUACUCCAGCAAAUACUACGACAAAGAAUACGAAUACAGGCACGUUGUGCUACCCAAGGAACUGGCUAAGAAUGUUCCAAAGACACACCUGAUGACGGAGAAUGAGUGGCGAGCUCUGGGAGUUCAACAGUCGCGAGGAUGGGUUCACUACAUGAUUCACGAUCCUGAGCCACAUAUCCUCCUCUUCCGUCGACCAAUUACCGAGGAGCCCAAGUGAACAGCUGUUCCAUCUUCCAAUUCUUUUGUCUGCGGGACCAACAAAGAAAACAUCGUUUUUUUUCUCUUUCUCUCUAUUGUUAAGAAAUCUCUAACUGUACAAUUUCCUCCAUUCCUGAGACAUCCCGUGUGUGAAUUAGGAGGGCUGUUUCGAAUCCCACAAAACUCUCUCAAUCAAAAAUGAAUUAUGUAUUUUUGUAAGUAAAACAAAUGGCUUUAUCUACA